AUGGCGUCACGCUCAUCGUCACUUUUAGUGUCCCGCCCGCCACACGCAUUCGCAUCUUCCCAGUCACCGAUUUUCCAUCCCCGCACGCCCCGCUCUUCGCCAGCUCCUCUCCGCUCCGCCCGCGCCAAGCCCGCGCGCGUCAUCGUUUCGCCAGUAGCCUGCCGCCUUUCCCCUACGCACCCCGUAGCUACCAACGAGUUCUCCGGCGCGAGCUCGCGCGCAGGCAGCCGGAACAGGCGGCAACGACGAAACGUCUCGCGCGCAGGCAUUUUCAGCGGAUGGCGCGCGCCGCCUGCGGAAAGUCCGAUCGGGGCAGAGAACACCGGCGGGACUGCGCCGGAGGGGACAGGCGGGAUUGCGGCCCAGAGGGAGAGAGACGGGGAAAGGUCGGGGGGUGAAGAGGGGGAAGGGUCGGCGGUGCGCGGCGAGAUGGGCAGCUCGAUCGCGGACUUCCUGCGGCUGCACGAGGACGCGGCGUCGCAGCGCGUGGAGCUGCAGACCGCCGUGCUGUCGUACCGCCGCCCCGCCCGCUGGUGGAACGCGCUGCGACCGCCCGUGCAGGUGGAUCUGGUCUCCGUGGUGCACAUCGCUGAUCAAGAGUACUACGACGCGUUACAGGCGGAGCUAGCGACGUACGACCGCGUGCUCUACGAGAUGGUCGCCGAUAAACAGCGCGCUUCCGCUUCCGCCGCCUCUGCCAAACCCGCGGGCGGCGACGCGGACGGCGAGGAGCAGCGACGGGACAGCAGAUGGCGGCGGUUCGUGGGGCGCAAGGAGAGCGACCGCUGGAUGCCGCCCAAGCGCAACCCCAAGCGCAGGCGGCGGGGGGUGGUGGGGGCGAUACAGAGCGGCAUGGCGCGCAUGUUACGGCUGUCGUUCCAGCUGGACCACGUGGACUACCGCCGCGCCAACUUCUACCAUGCUGACCUCGACCUCGCCACCUUCCUCCAACUCCAGGAGGAGCGGGGCGAGAGCAUGCUAUCAUUCGCGCGCGAGGUAGCCCUGCGCUCCACCAAGGCCAUCGUCCGCGCCACCGCUGCGCGCCCCCUCGCGGCCAACCUCGGCCCGCUGCGCCGCACGCUCCUCUGGGCGGCGCGCUUUGUCCCGAUGCCGCUGGUGGGGCUGCUGGUGAUUGAGGGCGUGUGUGCGCCUGAGGGCCCUGGCAGCAGUGCGCUGGUGAAGGGCGCUGAGUUCCAGGCCUUGCUGAACCUCGACCUGUCUUCUGCUCUUAAAGUGGUGCUUGCGAGGCAGAUUACACUCGACACGUUGGACGGGGCAGCGGGCGUGAUGGCAUCAUCAGUGAUCAUAGGCGAGCGCAACCGUGCGUGCAUGCAGGAGGUGCACGAGGCGCUCAAGGCGGGCAGCAGGCGCAUUGCAGUGUUCUACGGCAGUGGGCACCUGCCGGACAUGCACCUGCGCCUCACCACUGAGCUCGGUUUGGAACCGAGUGACUUGUCCUGGCGCACUGCCUGGUCCAUCCCCACUCCUGCCUUCGCUCCUCUGCCUGCACCUCCUCCUCCUCCUGCCUCCUCUGCUGUGCUGCCUUCCGACGUGGAUUCCGUUUCUGCUGCCUCUACUGCUGCAAGCGCAGCAGCAGCAGCUGGUUCGUCCGCUGCAGCGGCCUCUCCACCCGGUCUGCCCGCGCUGCCCCGCCCUGCCUCACGUCGCACCUCGCCAUCCCUCGCAAACCCCACCAUGUUCAGCUCUGCCCACCCAACAACAACAACACCACCCACGUCGCCCUCCUCCAUCCCCACCUUCCGCUCCCCACACCUCACACACCUCUCCGAGCAAGCACACGCGCUGCUAGACAAGCUCCUGGGCCAUCUAGCGGGCGCGACAGGGUGGCCGAUGACGCGGCAGCAGACGGCAGCGCUGCUGCUGCUGUCGGUGGUGCUGGCGCUGGACCUGUGUCUCUGGGAGGUGGUGCUCGCCUCACUCUCAGACCUCGCUGUGCUGCUUCUGGGGGGUGUUGGCCAGUUCCUGGACCAGGGCUGGGGGCUCGUUCUGGCUGGAAAGCUGCACGUACCUCCGCACACCACCGCUCCUUUCCCUGGGGUGCAACCACCCUGUACCUCCAUCCCUCCAUCCUUCUCCGCCCGUCGUCUCCUCCGCACGACCGUUGCGGAGCCCGUUUCCCACCUCAUUCCACCUCUCCCCUUCCGCCGUCCGCGCGUCGCGCAGGGGGCGGGCUCAGCGCCGCUGACAGCCGCCGCCGCAGAACGCGGAGCUGGAUAUGGAGGCGUCGCGUCGCGUGCUGGCAGCGGUGCGGGGAUCACGGGCGGGGCUGUCGCGCGGGGCGCGGGAGCGACUGGGAUACGGUGGCACGCUGAGCCUUGUCCGCAUUUCCCCUUACUAGUCCCACUCUCCUCCCUUCCCUCCUCCCAUCUCCCUCUUCCUUUGAUCAUUCCUGCUCUGCUGCAGGACUUAUCGCCUCUCCUCUCAGCCCCCUGCCCCGCUUUUCCAAGCCACCAGCACCAUCACCCACCACACCCACUCUCCCCAUCCUCCACCUCUGCUGCUCCCUCAACCGCCCACCCUCCACCCACCUCCUCAGCGCCCAACCCCUCCUCGCCCUGCACCCCGCACUCUCCCCCUCACCCCUUCCCGCUGUGCGAUGCGGCAGUGGCAGCAGCAGCAGGGGACGUGGGCGUGGUGGAGAUGGGCGGGGCGUGCUACCUGGUGCGCGUGAGUGCACUGCACUGGCUGGCCGCACAGAUGGAGGGCGAGGCACGCGCUAGUGCAGCAGUGGAGCCCGCACUGCAAGCUGCCUCCUUGCCUCCUCCGUCGCUGUCACCACUGCCAGUGCGGUUGCCAGCAGUGUCUGAUCGCACCGUGCCAAGCAUGGCAGCAUGCACGGCACUGGGCAUAGGGCCAGGCAUGGGGCCAGGCAUGGGGCCAGGCAUGGGGCCAGGCAUGGGGCCAGGCAUGGGGCCAGGCAUGGGGCCAGGCAUGGGGCCAGGCAUGGGGCCAGGCAUGGGGCCAGGCAUGGGGCCAGGCAUAGGGCCAGGCAUGGGGCCAGGCAUGGGGCCAGGCAUGGGGCCAGACAUGGGGCCAGACAUGGGGCCAGGCAUGGGGCCAGACAUGGGGCCAGGCAUGGCCAGGCAUGGGACCAGGCAUGGGGCCAGGCAUGGGGCCAGGCAUGGGGCCAGGCAUGGGGCCAGGCAUGGGGCCAGGCAUGGGGCCAGGCAUGGGGCCAGGCAUGGGGCCAGGCAUGGGGCCAGGCAUGGGGCCAGGCAUGGGCCAGGCAUGGGGCCAGGCAUGGGGCCAGGCAUGGGGCCUGGCAUGGGGCCAGGCAUGGGGCCAGGCAUGGGGCCAGGCAUGGGGCCAGGCAUAGGGCCAGGCAUGGGGCCAGGCAUGGGGCCAGGCAUGGGGCCAGACAUGGGGCCAGACAUGAGGCCAGGCAUGGGGCCAGGCAUGGGGCCAGGCAUGGCGGAAGGCAUGGGGCCAGACAUGGGGCCAGGCAUGGGACCAGGCAUGGGGCCAGGCAUGGGGCCAGACAUGGGGCCAGGCAUGGGUCCAGGCAUGGGGCCAGGCAUGGGGCCAGGCAUGGGGCCAGGCAUGGGACCAGGCAUGGGGCCAGGCAUGGGGCCAGGCAUGGCGGAAGGCGUGGUGCCUCCCACUGACGCCCAGACAAUUCUCUCCCAUCUCCUCUCCUUCGUCCAUAGCCUCGUGUCCCCACCCAUCGCUCUCGCCACCACACCCACACACCCCUCUCACCCACCACCGCUGCAGCAGCAGCAGGGUGCUCGGGAAACAGCGGCAGCAGCGGCGGCAGAGGAGGGGAGAGGAGGGCACGAGAGGGUGGAGGAACCAGGGGGCGGAGAGCGUGCAGACGAUGAUGGGUUUGUACGAGUUGGCAAGCCCAGGAGAAAGGCCAGGCGAUGGCACCAGCAGCAGCUGCAGCAGCAGCAGGAGGAACGGGAGAGGUUGCAUGGGGCUAAUGGAUGUCGUAGCGGAACAGGAGGAGGUGGGAAGGAUGGAGAAGGCAGGGGCGGUGAUUGUGGUGUUGGGAGGGCGACGGGGAGCGGCAGAGGAGCAGUGGUGGUGAUGCAGGGUGAUGCCGCGUUGAGGGCAUGCCAUGUGGCCCUGCCCACUGUUAAUGGCUGGCUGUUGGGCUACCCCGUGGUGUAUCUGCUGCCCGCCCUGCCCCCCCUGCACUCCUCACCUCAGCCGUUCCCCUCAGAUCAGCCAGCAGUGCCGCCCGGUGAAGCCAUGGGUCGCUGCCUUGCUGCCACACCGCUCUCCGUGCUCUCUGUCUCCGCUGCCUGUAGUGCAGGGGAGAAAGGCAUCGAAGGGUCAAGGCCGCAUGAUUCACAGCAGCAUGGCUCCCUCCUUCCCACCAACACCCACACACACGAGCUGCUCAGGUUCUCCGUCCCAUCCUUCUUGCUGUCUGCUCCAGUCUCACCAUUCCCCCACCUGCACCACCCCUGGCUGCGCUCACUCCUCACAGCCCUCCAACCAAGAGUCGCCAGCUGUCCCAGUGCACGCUAUGGAGCGCCGAGCGAGGCUGUUGAAUCGGAGGAUGGCAGGAGGGACAGUGGGGGAAGUGGGGGCAGUAGUACAGUGGGAGUGCCGAAUGGCAGUGUGGGUGGUGGUGCUGCUGCAUGCAGUGUGCAAGAAGAAAGGGAGACAAUGUGCUGCCGUACCGGGGCCAUCAUGUGCCAGGCGUGGCAUGAGGAGCAGCAGCAGGCCCGCACUGGGGAGAGGCACAGCAGUGCCUGGUGGUGCUGGGAGCAGCUGAGAGUGGCUGUCUCCCCUGCUGAGACAUCGGCAGUAGUUUUGUAG